CUGCUCUCCGCUGCAGCCUGUUCUGUAAUUGAGUUGCCACGACGACAGGCGACUGUUAAUGCUCAGCUGAAUCAUUAGCAUUGCUUUGUUACUCCAGAGACCCCCGUCUCCCCUGCUCUCCUCUCUGUCUUUACGCAUGCACCAUCUGCUCACAUGACGAGCGUGUCGCCGUGCCCAGCACCGCUGUCGGCCAUCUUGGUCGACACCCACCUUAGUGGAGUCACUGCGGUGCACAGGCAGCCCAAUCAGAGGCGGCCGGUGCUGAGCUGACUGGAAGAGGGGCUGGGAUUUUUUUUUUGUUUUUGUUUUUUGUAAUGGUGUGUUGUUUUUUUUCACAACACUGUGCUCUGUUGCAUUUUAAACGGCCGGUCUGCACAGAAGAGAGAAUAAGAGGCUGAAGAGGAGGAGGGAGAGGAAGAGCGGAGGCCCCUCUCAAGACAGCAGCUUAUUUCAUCCAGUUGUAUCGAAGAGGAGGGGAGGAUGCAGACCUAAAGAGGAAGAGGAGCAGCUCUCCCCCAGACACCUGCCUCUUCAUCGUCUCCUCUCUUUCCCUCGGUCUCCAUCCUCUCUGGAACAAAGGCCUUUUUCCUUUCUCCUUUUCUCCUCGCCGCUGCCGUGUUUUUUGGCCCGGCGAACACUGAGUCAUCAUGUCGGACCUGACGCCUCAGAGCGAGACCCCGACCCCCACCACAGACAAGAUCACCCAGGCCGCACGGGAGACCAUCUAUCUCUGCAACUUUCGCGUUUCCGUCGACGGCGAGUGGCUCUGCCUGCGCGAGCUCAACGACAUCUCGCUCACGCCGGACCCCGAGCUGGACCACGAAGAUCCCAAAGACCCGAUUGCCAUUGAAAGGCUCAACUUGAUGAACAUGGCCAAGCUGAGCAUCAAGGGCCUGAUCGAGUCAGCGCUCAACCUCGGACGCACGCUGGACUCCGACUACGCGCCGCUCCAGCAGUUCUUUGUCGUCAUGGAGCACUGCCUUAAGCACGGACUAAAAAGUAAGAAGACGUUCCUGGGGCAGAACAAGUCGUUCUGGGGGCCGCUGGAGCUGGUGGAGAAGCUGACCCCCGAGGCCGGAGAGAUCACUGCCAGCGUGAAAGACCUGCCUGGGUUAAGAACUCCGCUGGGAAGAGGCCGGGCCUGGCUGCGCCUGGCCCUGAUGCAGAAGAAGCUCUCCGACUACAUGAAGACCAUCAUCAACAGGAAGGACCUGCUCAGUGAGUUUUACGAGCCGAACGCCCUGAUGAUGGAGGAGGAGGGCGCCGUCAUCGCCGGGCUGCUCGUCGGCCUGAACGUCAUCGACGCCAAUCUGUGCAUGAAGGGGGAGGACUUGGACUCGCAGGUCGGCGUCAUCGACUUCUCCAUGUACCUGAAAGAUGGAGGACACAGCAGCAAGAGUGCAGAGGGUGACGGUCAGAUCACGGCGAUCCUCGAUCAGAAGAAUUACGUUGAAGAACUGAACAGACACUUGAGUGCAUCAGUAAAUAACCUCCAGGCCAAAGUAGACGCUCUGGAAAAGUCCAACACGAAGCUGACGGAAGAGCUCGCAGUGGCAAACAACAGGAUCAUCACUUUACAAGAGGAUGUGGAGAGAGUUAAGGAAGAGACCUCAUUUCAGCAGGAGUCCAGGAAGGCGUCGUCAGCGGACGGCCAAGUGCUGGGUGAAACCCGGAAGCAACUCAAAGAGGAAACUCAGCUUCGACUGGACGUGGAGCGGGAGCUGGAGGUGCAGAUCGGGAUGAAGCAGGAGAUGGAGCUGUCCAUGAAGAUGCUGGAGAAGGACAUCUGUGAGAAGCAGGAUGCUCUGGUGGAGCUCCGGCAGCAGCUGGAAGACCUUCGAGCCAUCAACCAACAGCUCAGCCACAAGUCACAGAGCGCAGAUGCGAGUUCGAAGCAGAAAAGUGAAGCCAUCGUUCGGCUGGAGGAGAAAAUCAGCCAGAUGUCCGGCACCGUGAAGCAGCUGGAGAACAGAUGCAAACAGGCCGAGAGGGAGCGGGACCUGGCCUUAGAGGCCAACCGGCUCUUCAAGCAGGACUUUGGGGACAAAAUUGAGGGUCUGCAGGCGGAGGUGGAGCAGCUGCGCAGACAAAGAUUUGGUCUGGAGCAGGAGCUGAGGAGAGAACGAGAGCAGAAGCUAAAUCUGAGCGCUGCAUCCAGAGCUUCAGCUCCGAGGAAGAUCACGCAUCCAGAGAGUCCUCCAAAGCUUCUUUCACAAUCUACGCCAACCAAGACGGCCCAGCCACUGGGAGAAGUGGAGGAGAAAACCAGUCUGAGCUCCAGUCUCUCCUUGUCGCAUACUGAGGAUGAGCAGGAAGAGACGCCCCCUGAGGCCCCCCAGCCUUACGUUUGCACCCUGUGUAAACAGGACGACUCCCUCUUGAGGACAAAGAAACGAUGCAAGAACUGCUUAAACUUUUUCUGCGAGAGCUGCGUCUCUCAUGAGCUGCCGCUGCCUUCCUCCAUCCUCCCGGAGACGGUGUGCGCGUCCUGCUACUCGCAGUUACUGCAGCAGUACGCGUCGGCGCCAACAUGAGCGCUCGCAGAACAACCAGAGGCAUUAAGACCCAAAAACCGCCCUGCAGGAAGCACUUUCCCCUUCAAAUUGUCAUGAAAGAUCCUCUUUGGGGUGUGUGUGUGUGUGUGUGUGUGUGUGUGUGUGUGUGUGUGUGUGUGUGUGUGUGUGUGUGUGUNUGUGUGUGUGUGUGUGUGUGUGUGUGUGUGUGUGUGUGUGUGUGUUUUUAACAUUCUGAUGAUUGCCAUGCAGGUUUUCAACCAGCAACACCUUCAUUUGGUGUUACUGGUGACUUUCACUUCAACAUAAGGGAAAAUCGGCUGCAGCAUAGCUGAUAAAGGCACCAAACUGGAUUUAAAAUAUAUUUAUAUAAUCUUUCUCAUUGUUUCUUAGUAUAAAAAUAUCCACUGAAUGGGAUAUUGCUGCAUAUUUCAACAGAUAUUUAUCUUUUUAAUGAAUAAAAAUGGAGAAACUGGAUGUUAUGCUUGUAUGUUGAGCUUCUGCUUUGCUUUUUGUAGCAUUGUUAUCAGAUCACAGUUUCACAGUUUUGGUCUUUGCGUCAGAUUUCUGCUGGUGCCCAGUGGGGACCAUCCGUUAGAAUAUUUUAACAAAUUUGGCCUAAAAUGUUUAUUUUAAACGUGAAAGAAGUGGCCACAUGCUUCUCAUUUCUCCCUGUUCUGAGAAAUUGCAUUAGCCUUAUAUGUAUUUUUAUGCUAUAUUUAGUAUUUGGUGGCUAGGGUUACCAAAAUGGCUGCUGUCUGAAUAAAACAUGGUAAAAGCAGAUGGUCAGUACCUCCAUCUGGGCCUCAUUAAAUCCGUCACUUGCAGUACUGUUGAAGUGAGAGUGAUUUUUAGGGUUUGAAAACAUAAAUACAGAAAAACAUGUCAACCAUGAGGUUAUGUUACUAACUGGAACAGGGUUAAGUUGAGUGGGGGAUCUGAGUUUAUGGUUAAAUACAUGACCUUUUUAAAAAUUUAUUCCUAAUUAGCUUCUUUUUUUCAGCUGUCACCAAACCAAAGUGCAUCAACAAUCUGCAACUGCAGUAAAUAUGCUAGAUGGAGCAAUCUAAAUGAGCCAGCGUAAAUUUUGCAUUUGGUUUAUUGUGUUGUUGAAAAUGUACAUGUGAGCUGAAGCUACUUUUAAAGUAAAUAAUAAACUGGUAUCCAAUUAUUACUA